UCCACCCAUGGCGGCGAGUCGGCGACGCCCUCUGCUCUUGGAGCGCUCGUUCGCCACCUGUUGCUCGCUUGCUUCUUCUCCUCCGCCUUUUUCUUGUUCCUCUGGUUACGUGUGCGAUAGAGAGGAGCGAUGGGGCUUGUGCUCCGCGACGAAUCGCCAGCGCUGAUGAGGGACUUCCUCCGGGAGGUCGGGGAAUGCGCGGUGAUCGACGGCGGACUCGCGACGGAGCUCGAGGCCAACGGAGCGGAUCUGAACGAUCCGCUCUGGAGCGCCAAGUGCCUCAUUAGUUCCCCUCAUCUCAUCCGGAAGGUUCAUCUGGAUUAUCUUAAAGCUGGUGCAAAUGUUAUAAUAACGUCAUCUUAUCAGGCUACUAUUCAGGGUUUUAUGUCAAGGGGAUUUACAUCAGAAGAAAGUGAAGCCUUAUUGCGGAAAAGUGUUGAAAUUGCUUGUGAAGCACGUGAAUUAUUUUACGAGGAAUUAAAUGAAUCUGAUAAAAAUAUUGAAAAGAGGAAACCUUCAAUUUUAGUGGCAGCUUCUGUUGGAAGCUAUGGCGCAUACUUAGCAGAUGGUUCUGAGUAUAGUGGAAUUUAUUGCAAAGAAAUGACCCUAGAAAAACUGAAGGAAUUUCACAGGAGACGAGUUGAGGUCCUUGCUGAAUCAGGUGCUGACUUGAUUGCUUUUGAAACAAUUCCCAAUAAACUGGAAGCUCAGGCAUAUGCUGAACUUCUUGAGGAAGGUAACAUAAAUACUCCAGCUUGGUUUUCUUUUAACUCAAAGGAUGGUGUUAACGUGGUCAGCGGUGAUUCAAUGGUCGAGUGUGCUUCUAUCGCUGAUGCAUGUAAGAAGGUCAUUGCAGUUGGAAUAAACUGUACCCCUCCGAGAUUCAUCGAGGGGUUAAUUCUCUCUAUAAAAAAGGUGACCGAGAAGCCAAUUUUGAUAUAUCCAAACAGCGGAGAAAGAUAUGAUGCUGACAAAAAGGAAUGGGUGGUGUGCACCGGCGUUACCGAUGAGGAUUUUGUUUCUUAUGUUAGAGCGUGGCAUGAGGCCGGGGCUCGUCUGAUUGGAGGGUGUUGCAGGACGACUCCACGCACAAUUGGAGGCAUAUCCAAAGCUCUCCGGACUGAAUAAGUUGGCCGGUACCUUCUUAAAGCAUUAGGAUGCCAUAAAAGCUUGUGCAGAAUUACUCUACAUGCAAAUAAGUGGCAUACUGGUGCACUUCAGAGUGAGUGUGGCGAACUUUAGCUUCGAGAAAAGAUAUGGUAAUGAAUAGAAACUAAUAUGUUAAGGUGAUCUGUUGCAGAGAUAGUAAUGAGUAGUAAACUAAUCUUUUUUCAGUAGUUAUAUUUUGGUUAA